AUGAACUCAACGGCGAACGGAUCCAGCGGAUCUUGGAGCUGCUUAAAUUCCACUGCGUCAAAAAUCGGAGGAACCGUUACCUACUGUCUGAUCUUCAUCGUUUCACUGGUCGCAAAUUCUCUCAUUGUUAUGAUCGUUUAUAAAACGCCGAACGUAAGAAAACCGAUAAAUUUUUUCAUCGCAAACAUGGCCUCAUCUGAUCUGCUGUAUCCAAUAUUCUGGAUACCUUGGAACCUGUCAUACUUGCACGCCAACUGGUUUCUUAUCGGUGGUCAGCUUGGUCAGGCCUUGUGUAAGCUUGUCCCUUUCUUUGGUAACGUUUCCUUUGAAGUUUCGAUUCAGAAUCUGAUUUUGAUAGCAGUGGAUCGCUUUGGAGCUGUGGUGUUUCCACUCCGUUCCCCACUCAUCAGAUCCAAGCUGUGUCCUUUCUUCAUUCUCGCUCCAUGGAUAGUUGCCGUAGUAGUCAGUUCGCCAUACUUGUUCACCGUCGAGCUCGCUGAAUACCCAGAGGGAAACUGGUGUGUUCUGAAAUGGGAGAAAGCAUUUGGAGAGUCCUCAUCCUUGGCCAGUUUCUUAUUAGCUUGCUGCAUUCUGUUUAUAUACAUACCUGUUCUGUUGCUAGUCAUUCUUUACUCCAUCAUUGUUAUCAAGCUCAAGACACAGGCACACCCAGGUGAACAGUCCGCCAACAGUCAGCAACAGCGGGACAGAAGAAACCGAAACGUGCUUCAAAUGUCCAUUGCUAUUGUAACAGUGUUUGUGCUUUGCUGGUUACCUUACUCGAUCAACGGUUUAAUCAUAUGUUAUCAGUACACUUUCGCGCUUUCCUCGUGUAGUUUCAGGAUAUACUUUGAAGUCAUCAUUUAUAUUACUCACGCGUACUGUGCUAUCAACCCGAUUAUCUGUUUCAUGUUUAGCAGUAAUUACCGAAAAGCUCUUAAAAGACUCAUAAAAUGUUCUUUUCCACAGGCGUAG